UUGUACGCAAGUCUCCUCCGUCACUAUGGAUGCAAGAGACGCGAGAUGGUGAGAGCUUACUGCAACAAACACAACAUUUAAUCGAGCGGAGAUACCCAUAUGAAAACUGAUAGCUAACGUUCAGAGAUCAUACAUCAGCUGAAAUUCAGGGUUGGUUAGUAAUAGCUGGUUGGAUUUGUUCAUAAAAAUCAUCUAGCGGUGGUAAUGUUAUGUAGAAACCCUUUGAAUUUCAGAGCUCACAUGCUUAGCACAGUAACCAAACGGUGAUUACCAUUUUGUUAAAAUGGCUAAAAUGUACCACAAAGACAAAAGCAUUCCGAUCAAGAGCAGCGCUUCUGCGUUGUACAACAACCUGAGCGUCCUGCGCAUCGCCCCGCGCUGCCUCACAUAUUUCACCGUGGUCCAUGCUAACGUUGUAAAUAUGGUUAGCGCUUCUUGGGACGGGCUGAACUAUUCCCAUCGACAGCUGCAGUCUAAAGAGGGCAACGUGGCCACCAGCUCCUCACUUAUUAUGCAGGCAGCAUGGUGUGUCCUGCCCUCGAGAGAUCUGCUCGUCCUCACUUCUCAGAAAGGAAUUCAGAUGUACGAAUCAGAUGGAUCCAUUAUGGUCUAUUGGCAUUCGCUGGACACUCCAGAGACCCCCACAGCUAAGGCAGUGUUUGCACGAGGAAUUGCAGCAGUGCGGGAAAAGUACAUUUGUGUUGGAGUCUCAUCUGGCGCACUUCUUGUGUUCGAUGUUCCCAAUAAAGGCAGUAACAUAACACUGUCUGAGGUUUUGGAGGAACACAAAGAGGCCAUCACAGAUAUGGCCUCCGAGUGUUCAGGCAGUCCGGAAUGCAUUGCUGAUUUAGUUAGUGCUGAUGAUUCAGGCCUCCUCUGUGUGUGGAAAUCAGGAGAUGAUUUUCAGUUGCUCAACAAGAUCCCUGGUUUUGAUACAAGUUGUUCCUCAGUAAAGCUGUGGAAGGGGACAUUGAUUGCAGGCUAUGGGACAGGGCAGAUCCGUCUGUAUGAGGGGGUCACAGGUAUACUGCAUGCAGAGGUCAAUGCCCAUGCACGCUGGAUCUACUCUUUGGACAUUGCCCCUUUCACUGGCCUGCUGCUUUCUGCAGCAGAAGACUCUUGGGUAAGAGUGUGGCAUCUAAGCUUGACCCCAGAAACUAACAGCGUAGAGAUCGAGCACAUGUACAAUGAGUGCGUAACUGAUACUCAGAUCUGUGGAGCCAAGUUCUGUGAUGGGGAUGGCUACGCUUUUGCAGUGACUGGCUACGACUUGAGUGAAAUUAUUCGCUACACGCAGGCAUAGGUUUUGCUGUACAGUAGCGUACUGCUUGUGUGUGUAGAUCUGGUUGUGUAAGGAUCAUCUGCAGCAUUUGCUACAGUAUAUUCUCCUAUGGCAUGAGCAAGUAAUGUCUGGACAAUAUAUUUGUGUACUCCAUGUGAUAGUGUACAGCUGUGUGACAGGAUCAGUCAGGAUAUAUCUGAAAUGGGCUAAAAGCACCACUUGAACACCAGGGGGCAGUGUUUUUAACGGUCUGACUCUGUGCUGCCAGUUUUGGCAAAUACACUGCCCUGAUAUUGGGGUAAAAGUCAUUACAGUCAUGUCUGGUGAAUGUAUGGAUUUGCUU